AGAUCAGGUAAUGCUUCUUAUCAUUUUAAUGUGGUUUGUUACCUUCUUACCAUAGGCUUGGACAUGGAAGAAGGGAAAGAAGGGGGGACCUGGCUUGGAAUCAGCAAGAAAGGUAAAAUGGCGGCCCUGACCAACUACAUGCAGCCAAAGAUAGACAAGGAUGCAAAAGGAAGAGGUGCCCUCGUGACAAAUUUUUUGACUUCGGAUGUGGACAGCUACUCUUACUUGAAGAAAGUGGCCUUAGAAGGACACCUUUACAAUGGAUUUAAUCUAAUAGCCGCAGACUUGAACACCACCAAGGGAGAUGUAAUUUACUAUUACGGAAACAAAGGAGACCCAGAGCCAGUCUUCCUAAAUCCCGGGGUGUAUGGCUUAAGCAAUUCCUUGUUGGACACGCCAUGGAAGAAACUUCAGUAUGGGAAGCAGCUCUUUCGAGACGUCAUCAAGCGCAGCCCAGACCUUGCCAAAGAAGAGCUCGUGCAAGAACUCAUCAAAGUGAUGAACAACCAAGAACCUCAACUGCCAGACCCAGCUAUUGAGGAUCAAGGGAAGGACUACAUCAUCCCAAUCCUGAGCAAAUACGCGGCUGUGUGUGUUCGUUGCCCAGAUUAUGGAACCAGGACGAAUACAGUCAUUCUCAUUGAUGCGGAAGGGCACGUCACAUUCACCGAGCGCACCAUGCUCAACGCGGAUGUCGACCAAUGGAAAACGAGCACCUACCAGUUCAAACUGCAGACUUAACAGCCUCUCUCUCUGAGCGGGUCACGAGAAAAUGAAGGGGGAAGACAAAAGAGAAGGAGCAAUUGAACCCUAGGGGUGGGAGAGGCCUUGAUCGCGAUCGCAGUGGUGUAAAGUGCUAAUUACUGUUGCAUAGCACACCUUAGCAACCGCCGACACUCCCCCCCCCACCUUUGCACAAAAUCCGAAAACCAGAAUCGUCUGAACAGGAAACCUAGCUGUGCUUAAGGAACAAGCCAUGUUUUGCUUAUGUGCUUUUCCAAAGGAUGAUGGGAUAUCUUGCAACAAUGAUCUAAUUUUCUGUCCAUGGGGAUAUCUAGGAAACCUUCCAUAAUCAUGUAGCUGCCUUUUCAGGUUGUUCUCGCUUCCUCUGAGCAAGAAUUGUUGGGAAAACAGGAAAGGGGGCUCAAAUCAACAUUAGUCCUGCAUCAAGUCAACCCAGUGAAAUAUAUGAGGCUUCUUGGUUACAACUAAAGUCACAUUGAUCUCAGGGGAUCCAUUCUAGAUAGGACUUGAAUUGGGUGUAACUUAUUGAUUUCACAAAAUGGUGGAUUAGGAUUUACUGAUUAAGUUUUUAUUGUAAAUUAGAAGGAGAGAGAGAGAGAGAAAUCAUGUCUGAGUAUCAAGAAAGCUGAAUCAAGUGCAUCGUUUUUUUGUGGGGAGUGUCUCCACUGAAAAGCUUGCAUUUUAUUGAGCUCCGUGGGGGGGGGGAGCUCCAGCAAUAGGGAGAUCUCUGUGUACCCAUCUUUGUUGGACUCGCAUACAACCUUAUAAUCAGGAUUGGGCCAAAAUGGGGCAACAUUUGGGUUUGGCAACCACAGCUGCCAGCGUUCCAUAAUGAUCAUGGCCAAUGAGAUACGGGGAGUUGUUGUUAAAAAAACACCAAGCAAAUGUUGCCCAUAUGGAGCAAAAAGAUCUACUGCUUCCAAGGAGCUCGGCAUUUACAUCGGAGACCUUUCCGCUGGAGAUCAAUUGCUUUUUUUUUUAACCACUAACCCCACCUGAUAAAAACAGUUUGCCUAGACAUCAAACUGCUUUGAUCCUGUCUUUUAUGAAGGGAAGAAUUUGUUUUAAAAAACAGUCUUCUGCUUUUCAUGGUGGGGGAAUAUUUAAAAAGGUAGAGAGGGUGAAAGGGAACUAUUUCCCAUGAGAACUGAAUGUAUCACUUUGCAGCUAUUGGUGUAUAAAUAAAUGAACAUUUCUGUCUUA